AGAGAGAUGAGGAGGAGGAAGAUGAAGAGGAUGCUGUUCUAGGUGGUCGUCGCAAGUGGGCAGCAAUGGACCGGUCGCAUGCUGAUGUCGGCUAUUUUAUGAAAUCUCCACUUUCCAAAACACCAGAAAUACGGGGAAAAUAUGGCAACUCAGAGGCUGCAGUCAGCCACAAUCCCCCCCGUCUUCUAAUUGAGACAACAGCGACCAUCUUUUGAUCAUGGAAUUAAGGAUUCAAGAGAAUAAACGGAGUGCAAAGCUUUUGAGAGAGAAAGAGAACGUUCGUAACCUCACGUUGCAUUUCAGCAACAGACUGACAUUUCAUUGCCAACAGGCAUACAUAAUUGGUGUAGCCUACAUUGGUGAAUUAUCUUUUAGUUAUAGUGAAUUAGAACGUUCUGCUUUGCAAACGGUCUGACAGGUAAACAUCCAUAUACGUCAAAAAAAAUUCCAUGUCGUCGUCUCAUUGAAUAGGAGAGGAAAAUGAGUGAACAGAGUAUCUGCCAAGCCCGCGCCUCGGUCAUGGUGUACGAUGACGCCAGUAAGAAGUGGGUGCCAAUCAAGCCGGGCCAGCAGGGCUUCAGCCGCAUCAACAUCUACCACAACACGGCCAACAACACCUUCCGCGUGGUCGGGGUCAAACUACAGGACCAGCAGGUAGUGAUCAACUACUCCAUAGUAAAGGGGCUGAAGUAUAAUCAGGCCACACCCACCUUCCACCAGUGGCGUGAUGCCAGGCAGGUGUACGGUCUCAACUUCGCCAGCAAGGAGGAGGCCACCACCUUCUCCACCGCCAUGAUGUUCGGCCUCAAUGUGCUCAGCUCGCAAGACGGAGGCCCUGCUGUCCAACGUAAAAAUGGGCCCUCCUCAGAAGACCCCGAUGCACACAGGAGGCAAAUGAUGGAGCAGCAUCAGAUCCAGAUGCAGGAAGUGGCCCACAAAGAGAGGGAACGACGGACGUCUGGCUCAGUUGUUUCCACCCUCCAAUAUAAGGUGUCCUCCCCUCCCUCUCACCCGUCAAACACCCCUCCUGAGUACAGACACUACCGGGCCGCCACACUGCCGCCUUCCUACGCCCGAGUGGCCUCCAACUCCUCCCCUUCCUCCUCCUCCUCCUCCUCCUCCCAGGAAAGAGAGGUGCUGGGCGGACGGGCUGGCGACAACUCCUCCCAGCACUCCCAGCUCUCCACCUCCCUGGCCUCGGCCUUCUCACCCGUGCAGCCAGGGGUGCCCAUGGCCACGACCCGGCAGGUGCGCCAGAUCCCCCUCUCUCCCCCCACUGCUCGGGCCCUCCACCACACCCAGUCUCUCCACCAGGGUCAUGACCUGCAGGACCCUGUGCUGCCCCCCAAACAUGGCACCUGGUCAGCCUCCCACGCCCACAUGUAUGGUCCCGUGCCCUCCACGCCCCCCUUGGUGGGCAUGAUGCCUGUGCACAUGCCCCCUGUGCCCCAGCCCCAGCAUGUCGUCCCCGUAGCCCACCCUCUGCCGCCCCUCCACAGCCGCGUCAAGACCCACCCCCUGGACCAGCCUGACCAACCCCACAUCCCGUCCCACCUCCCCCACGCCAACGGUCAAUCAGAGGACUAUUAUAACCUUGCUCAGCAGCAACAGCAGCAGCUAGGUUACGGCGAGGCUUCUUCCUUACACCCUCUGAUUGGUCAGUCUGCCCAGGGCCCCGUCCCUGUCUCUGCCCACCAGCCCCAGUACCCCUCCUCCUUUCACCCCCAGCAGCAGAUGUACCAGGCUACGCCCCCACCACCACCAGCACCCCAAUUCUCUCCCCCCUCAUACACCACAGCCCAAUCAGAGGGGGGCUCGCCCAAGCAGACACCCUCUCCUGUCGCUCAGGCUGCCACAGCCAGCUGCAGUCCAGUUUCUCUUCCCGCAUUGCUGGCUUUGGCCCCACCAGUGGCCCCACCUAUGCCUAUGCCCCCCCCUGCCCCUAUGGCACCCAUGGCCCCCCCUCCUCCACCGGGCCCCCCGCCUCCGGCCACGGUGCCACCGCCCAUGCCCCCUCCACUGCCGGUUGGUAGAGGGCCCGGGGGGCCACCGGUAGGGGAGGCAGGCAAUGAGCUGGCGCAGCCACUCUCAGGACUGGCGGCUGCCCUCGCUGGAGCCAAACUCCGUAAAGUUGCAAGGGAUGAGAACAGUCCACCAGGAACAGGUGGAGCCAAGAAUGAUGCCAACCGCUCGAGUGGAGGUAGUGGUGCUGGAGGGGAGGGGCUGAUGCAGGAAAUGAACGCCCUUCUAGCACGCAGACGGAAAGCCUCAGAGAGACCUGAAGAGGAGGAUCCCAAGCCAGGGCAGAACUCUACAGGUGCUGGGAUGAAUCCAUGGGACCGAGCAAACUCUGUAGACAAGUCUUCACUGGUAUUAAGGGUGCGACCAGUGGGCAGCACUAGUGAAGGAGACAUAGACUUUGACAGGAUGAAGCAGGAAAUCUUGGAGGAAGUUGUACGUGAAUUGCAGAAGGUGAAAGAUGAGAUCAUUAAUGCCAUUAGACAAGAAAUUGGUCGAAUCCAUACAUCAUAAUAUCUGGACAGUGGGACGUGCUGCAAGUAUGAAGGAUAAGAUGUGCUCGGGAAGAAAGGUUCUCUCGACGUUUCUGUGACGCUAUGAAACAUUGCUGUGACGCUGCAGAAAGGUUGAGCCAACAUUGAGUCUGCUGUGCAGAACAGAGGGAUG